AUCAACCGUUCGCAAUGAAUUCAAAAGAAUGGUAAAUGGCGGGUUUUCAGUGGUGUGACGGUUAUUCAGUAAACAACUAUUAGCUUCAAUAAUCAUCAAAAUUAAUUAAAAUACGUUAAUCAAAAACCUUAUUUCCAUCCGUACUUGAUCCAAUAUUUAAUUAUGUCUUUUCCAAGAGCUAAAAUCAAGAGAUUCAAUGAUAUCCGAGUUGCUACUCCCUCACCAGCUGAUUAUAAUGUUGAUCUCAAACAAAAACAUAAACUGGGAAUUAUUUCUCAACAAGGACGUUUUGCAGAUAAUAAAAGUCCUCCAAUAUCUGAGACUGGAUCUACACAGAGCACCCCUUGUUUCAGAACGCCAACAAUAUUAAAAAGGCGAAAAGAUGCUUUGGGCUCAGCAUCAAAACCUAACUUCCAAAAUUUAAAAUUAUCAGACAAAGAUCUUCUGCACGAAAAAACAGUUGAAUGUAAAAAUAAAGAUACCUUCAUCAAAGAAUUGACUGAACAGUUGGAGGACUUGAAGAAUAACAUCUAUAAAAUUCAGUGUGAAAAAGACACUGUUUCAAAGGAGAAAGAGGAAUUUGAAAAUGAAAUGUUAAAGUGGAGAGAUUCUCAUGAUGCAGAAAUAAAUAUCUUAUUAAGAAAACAUGAAACUGAAAUUUUUGAUCUUAAUGAAACAAUAUCAAAAGUUGAAUCUGAUUUGGAGUUGUUGAAGAGCAAGAAUGAAAUAUUGAAUGAAGAAAUGGUACAAUUACAGAGCACCAAGCAGCAGGAAAUAACUGAAUAUGAAAAAGAAAUUAGUGCCAAAAAUAUAGUAAUUAAACAUAUGCAGAUGAAUUUAGAUCAAAUGCGGGAAAACCGAAAACAUCUAGAAGAAAAACAUAAAAAUGAAAUAGAAGGAAUGCGUGAAAAACAUUUGGCAGAAUUGCAGAGUAUAGAGGUCAAAACGCUCAAUAGUAUUCAUGAAAUGCAAAUGGCUCUCGAUGAACAAAAACUGCAGAGUCAAUUGAAGGUAAAAGAAUUGGAAAAUUCUUUUCACAACGAGAUCAAAAGCUUAAAAGUGUCAUCAAAAGAAGAAAAACAACAGAUACUUGAUCAAAAUGCUCUUUGUAUAGCACAGCUUGAAGAAAAAAUGAGGGAAAUAAAGAUAAUUUCUGAAAUACAGGCUACAGAAAAAUGUUCAGAACUUGAGAAUUUUUGGAAAUCGAAACUUGAAAGUAAGGAAAACGAGUCGAAUGCAAUUCUGAAGGAAUGCCAAGCCAUUAGUGAAUACAGUAUAAUACAGAGUGAAAUUGAAAAAAAUGAAUACAAGUCCAAAUUUGAACAAACCACAAAUAAAUAUAAUAUUCUUGAAAAGAAGUAUGAUGAUGUUUAUUUAAAGUACAAAAAACUUCAGUCUAGUUUUUCUGAAGCUCAGAAUAAACUUUAUCGUCUGAUGAAAGAAAUCAGAGAGAAAGAGGUAAUAAAAAAUCAAUUGAACCAAUUGCUUCUAGAGAAACAAACUUAUGAAGCAGCCAUUUCAAGAAGUCAGGAUACUGUAAACAUUCUCAAAAAUAGACUGAAAGAAUCAUAUCAUGACGUUGAACAACUGAAAAAAGAAAUAUGUAAUAACGAAGAAAAAUUAUUGGAUUAUGAAUACAAAUUCAACAUGAUGUCUGAUGAAUUAAAAGAAGCUCAGGUACUCAAUGAAGCACUUGAAAUCAACAAUGAAUCAAAUUCAAAAUUGGCACGUGAAGAAAUAAAUCAGAUGAAGGAAGAUCUCAUAAGCAAACUAGAAAAGUUCAAGUUAAUUGCAGAGAACAAUAAAAUAAUUCAGAAGGAAGAGAUGAGAAUAUUAAUGGAAGAACGGGAAGAGCUCCUUCAGAUGCUUGAACAACAUCAAGUUCUCAAUAUUGGUUCUAAAGAUUUGUUGAUGAAAGCAGACAAAGAACUUGAAAGACUGACAACUGAAAACUUGGGACAUUGCCAAAAAAUCGAAACAUUAGAAUGUAAGAAUAGUGAUAUAAAUACCAAACUGAAUGAUUUGAUGGAUAAAGAAAGGAAUUGGGCUUUAGAACGAAAAGAGUUAGAUUUUAAAAUAGAUAUUUUAAAAAAUGAAAUUAAAGAGAUGAGAAAACGUGAAGAAGAAUGGCAAAAGUCUUGUACUAAAGUAAAAGAACUGGAAAAUCAAUGUGAAAUUUAUAAGGAAACAAUUUCUGAAAAAGAUGCUAGAAUAAUUGAACUGGAAAAUAAAGUUUUAUCGGUAAACAACAGAUUGAAUGCACUAGAGGAAGUUAAUAGAAAGAACUUGAAAAAGAUUCAAGAACAAAAUGCUCUGAUAGCUCCAUUCAAAGAGCAAUUAGAAUCCUACGAAUUGGAAAUGAAGAAUUUGAAAAGUGCCAAAGACCACAUAGAAAACGAGGCCAAAGAUUUGGGACAAAAAUACGCCGAAAUAUUAGGACAUCAGAAUCACAAGCAAAAAAUAAAAUACAUGGUGAAUUUGAAAUCGAAAAAUGAAGAACUUUCAAAGACUAAUGUUGAUUUGGAAUCUAAGCUUCGAAUUCAUGAGAAAAAACUGGAAAAGCUCAAAAAAGAAAACGCCGAUCUCAAGAGGACUACUAAGAAAAUAGCGUUAUAUGAGGACAAAGAGAAUAUAGGCAGCCCCAACAGAUCUUUCAAAUGUGACAGCCCAGGUCCACUAAAAAAUCUCAACUAGAAAAAAAAGUAACCCCCUUCAUUUUACCUCAUUAUUAGUUUUAAAUUCGUGUGUUUUAAAGUUUUGUGGAACGAACUGUUUAUGAUAUUUAUUGAACUUUCAUCUUUUAUUUAAUUUAUUCAUCUCUUCAAUUCCAAUAUGUUGGAGAAUUUGUGAGUACAAGCCAAAAUUCUAACCCCUGUUAUGUUUGCAUUUCUUGUUGAAAAUGAUGUGUUCUCAUUAAGUCUGACUAGUGUUACAAAAAUAUUAUAUUCAAUGAAUUGAUUUGUAAAAUUUGAAAUUGAUUAUUUAAGUCUAAUUUAUAGUAAAUAUUGAACUUUUACAUCAUUUAUAGUAUUUAUACUUUUAAAACCCUAAUGAGAAAAAUAUAAUUCUGAAUGAAAA